GUGGAAGAUUAAUUUCCAACACGGCGAAGACUAAGCAAGGUCGCGAUGAAGAUGAGGACCAGCUGUAGAUUUCCGAUUCUACACCAUGGUUUCUUUGCGGCGUUGGCUUUCGUUGCGUUGACCACGAAGAUUCUACCGGGUGGCGUUGGAAGCGUCURUGGAUUCCUUCUCUCCGGCGACAGGGUUAAAAACGACAGCAGCAGCAACUUAUCUUCUCGACAUUAUGYCCCCGUAUAUGAUAAUCAGCAAUGUCGGRUGCAUGCAGUCCAUUCGUCCUCUGAAUUUAAUGGGAAUGAUAAGCAGAAACAAGAAUAUCCCCAAUCGCCACAGCCACUCCAGUCGAGGGAGGCUUUUUUUGGGACUCUCCGGCUUGCUAGCCUCGGAGCGAUCGUAUUAUCACCGAUCGAAAAUGCCUUCGCAUUCGACGGUGGUGUCGGUGGCUUAGGAAAGACAAAACCCGAAACAGGUGUCGAGCUGUUCGACGAGACAUCCGCCCCCAUUCAAAAUGAGAAGGGGAUCGUCUCAUCGGAGAUCAAGGGAAAAGAUGGAUCUCCKAUACUGGUCGCCUUUCAGACGCCGUGGCCACUCCUUCCGACAUCAGGAGCCCUCGAGGCGCGCGACAUCCGGUCGACGGAGUCCGCCUUCGUUCAGGUCACCGGUCUGYCUGCCGCACGAAGCAGUGACCAAAAAUGGAAGUCGAAGAAGGAGUUUGAAAAGGUCCUAAUGGAAUCCGUCUUUGCAGCGCAGGGGAAAUUUGGAGCCUAUGGCCAGCCGUACGACAUCCAGGCAAAGAAGGUAGCCCGGGCAGAUGGCGACGAGAGCGACGCAAAGCCGACCCUGUUUUCCGUGGGGUUUACGACGCUGACCCCCGCCAUGCGAGAAUCGGARCGUCGGGCACUCGUUGCGGCGACCCAGGUGGGGGCCGAUACCCUGGUCAUCUUGGUGGUAACGACUACCAGCGCACAAUWUGCUUCGAAUGAGAAGACCUUCAAGGCGAUCGCCUCGAGUUUCGAAGCGAUUGCGGCUCCCGAAUCCGGUCUAAAAAACAAACGAUCCUCGAAAUAACAACGAACCCGAUGRGAAAUGACAAGACAGAACUACCACACAGCACCCAUACUUUGGWACGAAGACUUUUGCGCCUGGUCGAUCCUUAACUUCAAUUCAGAUCUAUGACGAUUUUCCCAGAUUUGAGAACACAG